GAACGUGGUGUCCCGUAAGAUGGCACAUAAGACGGCUGGCGAGGACUUGGUGAGGGCCGGGGAGCUCGGCAGGUUAGAACCACCGACAGGGGCCCUCACGGAGAGAGUCCCCGAUGCCGCUGGCCAGGCCCUAGUGAGCCCCUACCACACCCGCCGCGUGGGGAACCCCGAAGACCUCGUGGAGCUCGCCCAGCAGGUCCAGAAGGCUGAUGAAUUCAUCAGAGCAAAUGCUACCAAUAAGCUGCUAGUUAUAGCUGAGCAAAUCCGGCAUUUGCAAUCACAGGCCAAGAAGGUAUUGGAAGAUGCUCAGAGAGAUGCUGAACUACACCAUGCAUCUUGUAGUAUGGUGAAAAAACCUGGAAAUAUUUACUACCUCUAUAAACGGGCGAAUGGACAACAAUACUUUUCCAUCAUUGCACCAAAGGAAUGGGGGGCAAGUUGUCCAAAUGAGUUCCUUGGUGCCUACAAGCUUCAGCAUGACCUCUCCUGGACUCCAUUUGACAACAUCGCGAAGAAAGAUGCUGAAAUCAGCAUCAUGGACAAGCUUUUGAACCAGCAGAUGGCUCUGCCCCAAUGUUCAGAGCCCAAUUUCCAGGGCCUCACUCAGUGACAAUGGACAGUGUCAAAUAGAAUGUGGGUCUGGCUGUUCUAGUCUCCUUAGCUUCCCUACCUCCUACUUUUGUGGGAGGUGAAAAGUGAGAUAUGAUGUACAUAGAAGUACCUUGGAUGGAGAGCCUGUGUGAAUUGAAAGUAUAUCAACUCUA